GGUAUUUUCAAGCGUGAAUUUCUCGAACUGUCCGACAACUCGUGUCAUGUCUUCCGCACCUGAAAAUACGCCUCUUAAUCGGGCUGAUGAAGUCAAAAAUCUUCUUGAUGCCAUUCAGGAGUUGAUUAUCCCGUUCAUUCGCUCUGCAGACGAAGAUGCUGCUACUAAGCAUACCGGUCAUGGUCUGCGAAUAGAAGGUAGUGGCGGCCCAAGAACUACAAUCGUUGAGCAUCAUCCUCCCAAGAAGUUGGAGUCUAUUCUCAGCGAAGAUUUGGAAAUAAAUGACAAAAAAGUUGGAAAAGAUGGACUGGUCAAGCUGGUGAGCACCGUGUUGAAGUAUAGCGUCAACACUUGGGAUCAAGGGUUCCUGGACAAGUUGUAUGCGAGUACGAAUGCGGUGGGUGUAGCCAGUGAACUGCUUCUGGCGGUGUUGAACACCAAUGCCCACGUCUACCACGUCUCGCCCGUACUAACCCUCGUCGAAAAACGAACAACGAAGUACCUAGCUUCUCUUUUUGGCCUGCCAGAGAAAACUUGUGGAGGAAUCUCUCAACCAGGUGGCAGUGCCGCCAACGCCUCCGCCAUCGUUAUCGCUAGAAACACUCUAUUCCCAGAGACCAAAACCGACGGCAAUGGAACCCAUAAAUUCACCCUCUUCACCUCAGCCCAUGGCCACUACUCUGUCGAAAAAGCCGCCAAUAUCUUCGGUCUCGGCUCCAAAAAUGUCAUCUCCGUCCCCGUCGACGACCAUGGCCGCAUGAUCCCCUCCGAACUCGAGCGCCUCGUCACUGAAUCCAAGACCCGCGGCGAAACCCCCUUCUUCGUCAACGCCACAGCAGGCACCACCGUCCACGGCUCCUUCGAUCCCUUCACUGCCCUCUCCUCAAUCUGCAAAUCGUACAACCUCUGGCUCCACAUCGACGGCUCCUGGGGCGGCAGCGUCAUCUUCAGCUCUACGUACUCCCCCACGCGUCUUACUGGCGCCCAGCUCGCAGACAGCAUAACCGUUAACCCACACAAAAUGCUCGGCGUCCCCAUGACCAGUAGCUUCUUGCUCGGCAGGGACAUGAAUACAUUUUACCGCGCACUUACGCUCCCCGCGGGCUACCUUUUCCACCACGCCCCCAGCACAGAUGCCCAGGAUAUAUACGACCUGGCUGACUUGACACCCCAGUGCGGUCGCCGCGCAGACAGCUUAAAGUUUUUUCUCGCACUGCAAUAUUAUGGUCCGCAGCAUUUCAGCGACUUGGUAGAUAGAGCGUACGACAACGCGGAGUAUCUGCUGCAAAAACUCAAGGAUAGUGGCAGUUUCAAGACGAUUAGUCCGGAGCCGCUGCCUUGUCUGCAGGUGUGCUUUUACUAUGCCAAGGGUGGGGUGGUGAGCGAGGAUUCGGAGGUAAAUAGUAGGGCUACGACGGAGAUUGCGCAGAGACUGGUGAGUAGAGGGUUUAUGAUUGAUUUUGCGCCUGGAGAGCAGGGGAAGUUCUUUAGGGUUGUGGUGAAUGGCAAUGUGGGGAGGGGGACGUUGGAUGGUUUGGUGAAGGCGAUUGAGGAUGUGGCAGUGGAAUUGGGGUUGUAAGAGUAGAGCGGUUGAGUGGGCGGACUUUUUGGGAUCUUGUGCUGUCCGGCUGGUAUUAUUAUCGGUUUAGAAUACUUAAGUGAUGGUAGAUUAAAGACAUAGAGUAAACAAGAGCAUCUGAUGGAAAAAGGGA